AUGCUGAAAUUUAGUACAUUAUCUCGAUCAUGUCAUAUUUUCCACCCAAAAUCUUUCUCUGACAGUACCCUUAAAUCUGAAACCACUCAAGAACUACUUCAAACGCUGGGAUUUAUAAAACGCUCGCAAGCUGGGUUGUUCCAGUGGCUACCUCUUGGGCUCAGAUCGCUCAAUAAAUUAACAGGCGCUAUACGAAACCGAAUGGAUAACGAUGGGAAAGCCAUUGAAGUUUCGCUAAGUGCUAUCUCUUCAAAGUCAUUAUGGCAAACGACGGGUCGCUGGAAUAAUAGUGAGUUAUUUAAAUUGAAGGAUUCCAAAGGGAAGCAGUACUGCUUAACAGCAACAUGUGAAGAAGACAUUACGGAUUUAAUGAAAAAUUACAUUACCAGUUAUAAAGAUAUGCCUAUCACAGUGUAUCAAAUGACAAGAAAAUAUCGAGAUGAAAUUAGACCCAGAGGAGGUCUUUUACGUGGACGAGAAUUUCUAAUGAAGGAUGCAUAUUCAUUUGCCAGUAAUAAAGAGGACGCAUUUGCUACCUUUCAAAAGUUAGAUGACACUUAUAAUAAAAUAUUUAAAGAUCUGAAAAUCCCCUUCGUUAGUGCGUGGGCAGAUAGUGGUGAUAUAGGAGGUGAAUUCAGCAAAGAGUUUCAUUUGAUUCAUGAAUCCGGCGAGGAUACUUUAAUGAGUUGCAAGCAUUGUGGGGAUGUCUCGACAUUAGAUAUGUCUCAAUCAUAUCCUGAAAAAGAUGGGCGAUAUAUGGGUGAUGUCAGUUAUAAGUAUGCUUUAACAAAAGAUCAUUCCACCUUGAUAUGCUUUUAUUUUCCAAAGGAUAGACAAUUGAACUGGAAUUUGGCGCUGAAUGUCAUGGAAAAAGAUAUCGAUCCAACAUUAAGAAACAAAUCGAAUGAUCAUGUCUUGGAAGUUUACCAAAACGACAAUGAAGAUAUUAUGUUCAGUAAGAUAUUAAGAGUUAUGGAUUGUAGACUGAAUUCUAAGUCAAAUUUUCCCGAUUUCCCAUUGAAGAAGUAUUUGAAAAAUAAUUUUGGUCAAAUCGAUGAUGUUUCUAUAGUAGAUGCACAGGAAAAUGAAAUAUGUGGCAAAUGUGAAGAAGGAAGUUUGCAGUCCUUUAAAAGCAUCGAAGUGGGCCAUAUAUUCUUGUUGGGCAAUAAGUACACGAGGCCACUGAACGUUAAGUUUGUCGAUAAGGAGAAUAAGAAUGAUUCGUUUGUUCAUAUGGGAUGCUACGGUAUCGGAGUAAGCAGGUUAGUUGGAGCAGUGGCUGAACUGGGGCGUGACGCUCAUGGAUUCAGAUGGCCAGCCAUAAUGGCUCCAUACAAAGUGUCAAUUUGUACUGGGCCCAAUAACGAAGAAAGUCUGCAGCGGAUAAAGCAGAUCAAGUCUGACCUGCUGGAAAAUUCUACUCUGCACCUGCAAAAUGAUAUUCUCAAUCAAUUCAAUGAAAAACUGGGUAUAGGCGCUAAGAUAAAAUUAUCCCACGCCUUGGGCAUACCUUUAUGUGUCAUUGUAGGCCCAAAGAGCUGGCCCAAUGUGGAAAUUGAAGCCCGUGGCAUAAGAUGGGGUAAAAAGGACCAGUGGAAGAAGGAACUUGAGAGAAGAGGCCAAGAUUUGAACUGGAAGUGCACCACCGAAAAUGAAGACGGAAUUGAGAAACAUCUUGUUCCAGUAGAGCACUUAACAGAAGUCAUUGACAUGUUGCUGAAGGAUAUGUAG